CGCAUAUGCGGCGGCUCUACAUCAUCAUUCUCAUAGAGACACACAGACGCUCGGGAUCGGCUGGGAUUCCUUUUAAUGCAGCAUCAGUCGUGUGGUCGGAAUGGAGCUGGUGAAUAAUUGGCUAAAAUAAGAAAAAACCCGCCACAGAGAUCAAGAUGGUGUCGUGGAUUAUCUCGCGGAUGGUGGUCCUCGCCUUUGGGACCCUCUACCCAGCCUAUUCCUCAUAUAAAGCUGUGAAGACGAAAAACGUCAAGGAGUAUGUGAAAUGGAUGAUGUACUGGAUAGUGUUUGCACUUUUUACGACGGCAGAGACGAUCACAGAUAUGCUUCUCUCCUGGUUCCCAUUUUAUUUUGAGCUGAAGAUUGCCUUUGUCAUUUGGCUGUUGUCCCCGUACACAAAGGGCUCCAGCGUGCUGUACCGCAAGUUUGUGCACCCCACCCUUUCCAAUAAAGAGAAGGAAAUCGAUGAGUACAUAACCCAGGCUAAAGACCGCAGCUAUGAUACCAUGAUGCGGUUCGGGAAGAGAGGCCUCAACAUCGCAGCCACUGCUGCAGUCACAGCUGCCACUAAGGGUCAGGGUGUGUUAUCAGAGAAACUGCGCAGUUUUAGCAUGCAGGAUCUGACCCUCAUCCAAAAUGAAGACGAGCUUCAGCUGGAUGGCACAGACGACAUGCAUCCCGCCGCCACGCUGCCACGUGCUAAAACAGCCACACGUACAGUUCGAGUCACGCCCGUACCGGCUGAAAGCGAAUCACAGCACAGCUCUCGCUCCGAUGACCUGUCAGAUAACAGGACUGAGCAUUCAGAUGAGGAUGUAGCAGAUAAAGCCCCCAAACGCACGCCAAGCGUCAGAGCUGCCAAGAAACCAGCAGCUGCCAAGACAGAGACCACCAAGACAGUGAAGAAACAGCCAAAGAAGAAAAUUACAACCACGGCCAACAACAAUGCUGAAUCACAAUAGAGAUCCUACUUACCAGAAUAACACCUACACAUGCUUUUCCAUACUAACAACCAAACCCUGCUUCUUGCUUUUGUAGAAACACGAGGUACAUCACUUAAAGCUGUUUUCUAUCUAGGUUUAUUUAGACCCCAGGAUUCAUGCGUUCUCGGUUUCACUGCUCCAAAAGCCCUAAUUCAUUUAUCUACUGUAAGCAUGCACACUUAUACGUGUGUGUAAAAGAGAAAGACUGGGUCUUGUUCUGAUCUGUGGGCCUUAAUAUAAGUGGCCAUCUCUAUAAAGCAUGAAACCAAAAGCAGUGCCUGCACAUAAUGCAUAAACACUCAGUUCUCCAUUAUAGAGGCCAGUUUCCUUUUUUAUCAUGUAGGGCAUACACAAUGAGAAAUGGGAACAGAGAAUUAGGCUAUUAAAUAACAAGAAAUAGGCAGGUAAGCUUCACUUUACAUAGGAGAAUACUAGGGUUACUCAGAGCUGCGAGCACAGCUUUGUCUUUAGUCUCGGUUGUGAUACAUCAGUAGCUUGUAUAUUUAUGUCUGGGAAAGUCAGAUCUCAAGACUCUCGAAAGGCUUUUGAUGUUAAUCGUGCUUUUGUCAGCUAGAGCCGGUGGUACUCGACUUAAUAGUCGUUUUUGAUGUCUGUGUUGCUAAAUAUGA